CUUUGUUUGGAAAAAUCAUCUAUCUCAAUCCAGCAUUACAAUAUUCAAGUUAUUAGCAGAAAUUAAUAAAGCUGCUAUCAGGGAGAACACAAUAUUCAUUCAGCAUCUAUUAAUGAGCAAAAUUUGCUUAUCAUAACUUCCCUCUAUAUUUUCAGAUCCUCAUUUGUGAUUACUGUCUUUUGAAUAAAAGAUUUUUGUUGGCUUGUAUAUCUUGUGGUCGAGAAAUUGGAGAGGGAGAGGGCUUUUCCUCCUAUCGCACUUCCACGUCUUCGUCGGACUUGGAAACUAUAAAAUCAUCACAUCAUGUGAUUCAGAACAUCAUUAAAAAUAAAUCCAAGACAAAAGCCCUGGAUCAGAAACAUGACGAUAAAACUUCGUCUUCCGAGAGUGAAAUUAAUUCUCCUGGCUUGGUUCAUUAUGAAGGUGAUAAUGAUACAGAGAAAGUUGAUAAUAUUGGUGAGGGUAAUCAAGAUUCAGAAAGAAAUAAGUUGGAUAACGUUGAAAUGUCUGAUGAUAAUGAAAAAACAGAUGAUAAUAAUAAUGAGAGAGAUGGAGAGUCAGAAAGGAAAGACGAAAAGGAUCAAAAGGAAGAUGACACUAAAGAUGAUGAGAAUAGUGAUCCAGAUGAAAAAGACAAGGAUGACAAGGAAGAUGUUGAUGGUGAUGAUAAUGGUGACUCAAGUCCUAAAGAUCCAAAUAACAGAGACUCGAAUUCAAAAGACAAAGACCAGGGUGAUUCUGGAAGCAGAAAUAAUAGCUUCCAGGGUAAUAAUGAGGGAGGUGGAAAUGAUGAUGCUGGGGGAGAAAAUGGAAGCACUGAUAAUAAAUCUGAUACAAAUUUGAAUGAAGCAGGAACCAUUGACGGUAGUAAUGCUAAAGAUAGCAGCUCAGCUGACCGCGAGGUAAUAGAAAACUCUGUUUCUGUGGGGGAUCCAGAGAAUUCACUAGAAACUGAAGAAAAAAGUAAACGCAUUGAAAUGGAUCUGGAAACUUUCUAUGUUCUUAUGAAUCCAACAACGAUGUCCAAUAAUUUCUUCAAAACUCUGGUACCCAAUGCUAUGCCUAUCUACAAACCUCGCUAUUAUGAUUCUACAUUCAUCAGUACAACCGAUUUAUUUGAUGGAGAGCCGUUAUCUUGGAAUUCACCUGUGCUUCCUUUCUCGCCUUUCCCUUUAGUCAAGGAUCAACUGCUUGAGCGAUGCAUGGGUGUAUGUGAAUGAUGAGUUGGUGGAGAGGAUUAGAGACCCAGAUGGACUGGCAACCAUUGUUUCAAACCUUGACACAAAGUUCGUCAAUUUGAUAACAGUUGUGAUGCUGGACCCGGAUUGUCUUCACUGCCUCAUGGAUACCAUUUGUAUUUCGGCUGUCAAUAGCAAAACUCAGAAAAAAAUUACAAACUAUUAUCAAUUAUUAGAAACGGGGAAUGAUAAUGAUUCAAGCUCAUCCUCUUCUGAAGACGUUCCUAAUGCUAAACAUAAAGCUGAGGUUAGUUAAAAGUAGAUUAUAAGCAAAGCUUUGAAUUAAGCUCUCCUGAUGAGGCGAAGUACUCAAUCACAUUUUCAUGUGAGUGAGGAAUCUUGCCUUUAAAAGUGUCCUUUUAUGUACAGCUUUCACUCAUAACAAACCAUUUUAUAAUACGAUUAAUAAUCAUUCAUUCAUUAGGUUUUACUCUUCUGCAGUUUUUUCAACCGUUUUUUUUUAUUAGACUUUCAAUAAUUGUUUAACAAUAACUAUAUUGAUAAUACAAAUAAUAGCUCUACGGUUGUCUCUAGUCCUAGAAGACUAAAUCAAGUUUUCAAGAAAAUAACAAUUAUUUUUAUUUGUUGUAAAAUACAAAUCUCUAGUCCUUGUGAUAUUGAUAUUUAUUAUCAUAAUCACAGAAAAUGUUACAUAUAAACGUAAGAUAUCAAAAUGUGCCUUGUUAAAAUAAUGGCAAUAAGAUUUAUACUGUUGGAGUUCUCAUUGGUUUUAUUUGUUGAUUUUUCUGUUCUAUUAUAUUAAGCACUUUGUAAAAACUCUGCACGUAUAAUGGCUCGAUCAUUCAUUGAAAAUGAUAUAUUUUUGUAUAAUUAAAAACUCCUGAUUAUUGAUGAA